AUGAAUGUCAAAGAGAAAUUUCAUGAAUAUGUUUUGGACUUGCAGCCUAGGCGGUAUUCAGUUGGAAUUCCAACUGAUGAGUUCAAAUCAGGCUUGUGCAUGUGGUGCGUAGAUGCAACAAUCGGCUGUAAGGUCCUUAUUUGCCCUUGCUUUUCACACAGAAAAGUUGCCGAGGAACUUGACUACAAACGACCCUGGCUUUGGUGCCUCGUCAGUUUUUUAUUUUGCUUAUUUCCGCCCCUUUUAACGAUUCCAUCCGCUAUCCAAAGAAUGAAAAUCAGAAAGGUGAAGCACAUCAGGGGCAAUAUCCUUGGAGACUGUUGCGCAUCCUGUUUUUGCAGAUGCUGCGUUAUGGCGCAAAAUGAGCACGAGAUGGAACCAGUCGACAGUUAUUUUGUUUGA